AUGCUGGGGCGCGGCGCCGCGCGCGCGCUCGGGGCCCUGCGCGGCGUGCGCGGGGGCGCGCCGCCGGCCAGGAGCCUAGGCCUCUCGCGGAGGUUGCUUUCUUUUGAGAAAGUCCUUGAUAAGGACCAUUCUCUCCCCAAACCCUGCUGGGGCAAAGACAUGAGACGCCUCUUUGACCAGUUCACAAAGAAAUGUGAAGAUGGCUCCUGGAUACAGUUGGCUUCAUAUGAGCAAAUAUCAGCUCAAAGGAGUCAAGACUUCUCAGCCUUUAUUCAUGCUUAUUUCCCUUCAGCCUCCGAGGUGAUAAACAAAGAAAAACUGUCGCAGGCCCAGCUCUUCACCAGAGGCUUCGAGGAUGGCAUGGGCUUUGAAUAUGUGAUGUUCUAUAAUAAGGCUGAGAAAAGGAUAGUUUGUGUGUUUCAAGGAGGUCCUCACCUGCAAGGAAUGCCUGGAUUCUUUCACGGAGGUGCCACUGCCACCAUAAUUGAUGCUACUGUUGGUAUGAAUGCAAUUGUAUCUGGGGGAAUUGUCAUGACUGCCAAUCUCAACAUCAAUUUUAAAAGUCCUAUCCCCCUUUGUUCUACUGUUUUGAUAAAUAGCCAACUUGAUAAAAUUGAAGGAAGGAAACUGUUUGUGUCCUGUAAAGUUCAAAGUAUUGAUGGGAAGAUCCUAUACACAGAGGCAACAAGCUUAUUUAUAAUGCUGGAACCUAAAAAAAAAAAGUAUGACCUAAAAGAAGCUGUGUUGAAUCCUCUACCUGCUUAA